UGUUACGAAACGAAAGUAGGAAACCGAAAGUUGAACUAAUGACACUUUGAGGACACUUUCUGUUGUCCGGUUAACUUUUUUUUCCAGAGUCACUCUUUACCGAAAAUGGACUCACUUGGUGAAAAUACUGAGGAUGAAGAGCCUGGCUUUGUUAAGAGAAUAUUCCUCAUCCCAUGCAUGAGAAAAUCCUUCAUGUAUGGCAUUAGUGGUGGCAUCAGUGUUGGCUUGGGAUAUUUCUUGUUUACAAGUAAUGUUUCCAAAGCUUCCAAGUAUGGGCUAGGCAGUUAUAUGGUGAUUUUGUUUGGAACAUGGGGUGUCUGUAGGUAUCAGCUGGCUCAGGAGAGGUUCAAGUCCAUACAGCUUCAGAAAGCUAUGCAGAAUAGGUCUGGAGCAUCUAACAUUCGUCUUGUAGAUCCAAAAGAUGUAUGACACUGUCUAUAUUUUUAUUUUCUCUCCUCAUCCUUCUGUAGUUAAGUAAAGAUUUUUUUAAAAUGAUUUUUUUGUGCAAGCAACUUUUUGUUUCCAAAAGUUAAAAAUUGCUCGUACUUACCAUUUUAAUUUUUCAAUUCCAUGGCAAUUUUUGAAGCCACUAUAGUCUAAACUGUAAAACCAAACUCUAAAAAUUCAUACAUAUUUAUCAAAGUCAAAGUCAAUGCCUAAAAUAUGACCAACUGUUUUCAAAGACAAGUUUUCAGUCAUUGUUCUGCUGGUUUCAUAUCAGGUCAGGACAAAAGUACUAAUUUGAGAAAUUGUCUCACUGUGUCAAGAACGAUAGCUAGUUGAACUAGUUGUUAAAAUGCCAUAUUGGCUCUAUGAUUUAUGGGAUUUUGGAAGGGGGUGCAGUUUACAUUUCGAAUGACAUGAGGCAGUAAGAUUAUGGCUACUGUUUCUGUUCCUAAACGGAGUGAUAUAGUACCAUUCAAAUGGAGCAUUGCUUCAGUGUCUCUACUUGUCUGCUUUUUUUUUUUACAAAAAGGCUUCUGAGAAUUGUGAAACCUAUUGUUGAGCCAGUUUGAAAAGUUUCUUACUUGUCAAAUUAAAAUGUGGAAGUUAAUGUGUAAAAUAGCUUUCCAUAAUUAGUUUUUAUCUCUCCAAAAGUGAGAUGAUUUUGUUAAACAAAAAGUGUUUGUUUUCACCUGUCUUCUCAAUGAAUUGCACUAUAUCUGUCACCCUCACUUAUUAGUGGCUCACCCAACAAGUCUUAUGGCGAGGUAUGGCGUACAUUCUGUGUAGUUUUAUAGUUCAUAUAACAUGCAAGAAUGAUUUCAAGUAUACCUCAGGUAGUUUGUUACUGGGAAUUGCAUCCUUCAAGUUUUGCUAUCAUUUGGAACUAAAUGUGUUGCUAUUUUUGAAAAUUGAGUUUUUUACAUUUUCUUGACCUGUGUAGUCAGAGGAACAUACUGUGAAAGAUCUAGCACAGAUAGGUUGACAGAAAAGAACAAGAUCAUGAUUUUAAAGGUAAAAAUCAUAUUCUAGUUUGCAAAAACUAGCAAGUAUUUAGGCUAUCUUCAGUAUCACUAUCUUUUAAAACACACUCAGGGGAAUCAUAUGGAAUUUCUGCUUCAAUUUGACAAAUUUAGUUUUUCAGGACGAAAUCUCGGAAAGUGAUUUUAAGUAAAAUUAGUCCCUCAAGAUUGUUCUCACUCAGCUGUUUUUGACUCUGCUGCAGAGAAAGGAUGCAUGACUUGUCAGGUCAGACAUUUUGUUGGUUACUUUUGUUUUAAGAUUAAGAAUGGAAGAGAGAAAGAACUAAACAUGCUUUUCAUAUAUUCAUGAAUACUUUUAUACUACUUCUGGUUUGAUGUUAUCUCACAUGAAGCCCAUUUGUAAUAUUGUCUGAGAGUUGUUUCUAUGUCAUAUUAGAAUGUGUGACAUCAUGGUGAAAUCAGGCGCUCAUCAAAAGAAGAAAAUAGAAUUCAACAUUUCUUUGCCGGUUGGGCAAUUUUUAUUGAUUUUAUUUGUUUGGCUCAAUACCUUUCAAGUCCGUUCAAAAUAUUUCUGCAUGGAUUAAACUGAAAAAAGGAGAAAAAAAAAAGUAAAUUUGCAGUUUUGAAGAACACUUAAAUUAAAACUUUGGAAGUCACUUAACUUAGGUAGCCUUUUUCUUGCUUAUUUUACCUCUGACACUGCAACUUCACCUUUUUCAGUUGCAAAUAUCUCGACUUCUAUUCAGGAUAGAUGGGUAUGUUUUUUCAUAAAAAAGCAAGACAAAUGGAAAAGCUUUAACUCAUUUUAAGAUUUUAUACCAGUAUCUCCAUGUAUAUACCUAAAAAUUGACAAGCACCUGAUUCUAUGUAGUCAUGACACAAGUAUGCUUGAAUGUUAUGUUCAACUUUUUUGUAAUUGCAUUACUGUAUGCGAAAGACUGAAUUACAAAGUACAAUGAUAUGAUUCCAUUGACCAAACUGAGAGCUGAAAGUGCAGCAAGUGUGCUGUGUGAAAAUGUAGUCUUGAGUGAUUUUGUUUAUUUUCUUGAAUGAGAUUCCCGUUUAGGUUGAUCUCUUUGUCUUUUCUGUGGCCUGAAUAAAUGUAAUUUGUUUCAAAUUCAAGUCCAAGCUGAUCACAGUAUUGUGAUGAUUAAUCUUGUCUCUACCUGUGCUGUAAUGAAUAGGUUGUUGCAAAAUAGAAGGAGGGAACCAAACCAAAUAAAAAAAUGUUCCUCAAA